UCCUAUUUUCCGUCGUAGCAAAUAAAAACAGGGCCAAUCCGUUGCCCGAUCCAUAUGGCAUAAACUCUCUACGUCAAACCCGCAAUUUUGCAUUUUUGCCCCCAUCGACUAGAUCAAAACUCAAAAGGGCAGAUUCAGCACAAACUCCCGAGAAGUUAAACCUCGACUGUAAAAAUCAUGGUUUCCAAGGGACUUAUUUUCUUCGUCAUUGUGGCCACACUCUCCUUCAAUCUCAGGGUUGAUGCUGAUCCAUCAGUCCCCAAAUCCCCUUUCUCCAUUGCUCUCGACACCCUUCAAGAUCAACUGAACUAUACAUUUCAGAAUGUUGGAUUGCUUCGACGUGCUAUGACACACUCAUCAUACUCAGAGGAGAACAACAAAGCUAUGAGUAUCUUGGGGGAGGGAGUAAUCGAGACUUCAGUCUCAAUGCAAAUGCUGGUAAAAAACAUCGAUAUCUCGUCCAAGGAUCUGAACCAGGAUAUUUCUGAAGUGUCAAAGGUUGAGACUUCAUGUGCAGUGGAUGGAAAGAGCUUAGGUUUGCAGAACAUAGUUCGGGUUUCGUCCAAAACAAAUUCCACAACUCCAUCUGUCGUCUGUGGUGCUUUCCGUGCACUUUUUGGGGCAGUGGCUUUGGACACUGGCAGUGCAGACAGUGCGGGGAAGUUGUUUUUGAAAGUUCAUUUUGAAGAUGCUGGGAAAGGUCGGAUUGGGCAUGUAAGGAAUACACUUACCAUGAUGAGUUAAAUGUCUUUAUGUGGUAGGCACUAUUUUCUUUUGUUUGAAAGGUUGAAGUAGUUUUAUACUUCUAUAUGUAUGUUAAUGUGAAGGAAGAUGGAUUAGACACUGAUUAGGCUUAGCAUAUGCGCUCAGCACUUUAAUUGUUGUGUAGUAAACUGCUUAACCUGUGAUAUUCCCUUAGAUUGCGUGUUUAUAUUGCCUUUAUGUUGUUAUUAUUGUUAUUAUUAGUAUAGAGAUGAGUUUGCAUUCCACUU